GGGCUCCCGAGGGCCCCUGACAGACACCAGCGUCGGUCCCCCAAGUGCGGCGCCCGCCCCGGGAAAACAUCCUCCCUCGGGAGAAGAUGCUUGAGAUACGAGCACAAGCAUUUCCUGGACCAUCUGCGUUGUAACCGAAGCUUUUUCAGUUGGGACAAGUCACGGGGGCAAACAUGGUGAACUCCAUCAGCGAGCUGGAGUUUUCUAACGACAAAGGUACCGAGGAGCUCUCCCAGGUCGCGCUCCUGCAGCUGUCAGAUGACGCCGCAAUCCGAGACAAAAGUUCGGCCCGUGUCCCUGAAAAAACUGGCCACCCCGACCCCGUGUACGUGAUGGCAGCGAACAUUUUUCAGGGUAUUCGAAAGGAAAAGUCGCCAGAGAAAGUCCUAAUAAAGUACGGGAAAGAACCCCUGCGGGCCUCGGCACAGUCCGAGGAUGAGAACUUCAGGCGUUUGUCCUACGAACUGGCCUUCAGCGCCCUGAAAUAUCAAGAUAUUUUGGAGACUAUAUUAAUAGACAGCUAUAUAUUCCCCAGCACCACAAUACCAGAUCAUUUGAGCAGUCUUAUUAUCGUGAUGCUGUAUGAUUUCCAAGAUAGAAAAUUUCAAACUCGUGUCCUUCCUGACAAUGAAGAGUCCAUAUCAGAAGUUCAAGAAGUAGAGAACCUUCUUAACAGUUUUAAGACAAAAUUGGCUGCAGCAUUGGCAAGAUGUCGAAUCAAACAUGACGCCCUUUCAAUUUAUCAUAUUCUGCCGGAAACGAUUAGAAAACAGGAACUGAGAGCCUCUACCCUGCCACUUUAUGCUUGGAUAAAUACUUGUAAGAUAAGCCCUGAAGAAGUUUAUAGUAAUUUGAGGAAAAAAGGCUAUAAUAAAGUCAAAUCUGUAUUGCAUAUUGAUGAUAAAGUCUUUGCUGUGGACCAACAUUGCUAUGAUGUCUUAAUUUUUCCAUCUCACCUUAAAAAAGAUCUUAUAAAUAUAGAUCUUUUCAAAGAUUAUAAACUUAUUUUUCAGGACAAAUCUCGAAGUCUUGCUGUCCAUUCUGUAAAGGCGUUAUUAAAUAUGGACGAUGAUAUCUUAAUAGUCAAUACAGGUUCAUGGUACACAGUUGCCCAUAUGUCCGUCUUAACAAGAAAUAAUACCUCAAAAAUAUUUGUAUGUGGAGUACAGUCACAAGCCAAGAAUCCUGACUUGAAGAACCUUUUCACAAAAAUGGGAUGUAAAAAUAUUGAAAUACUUCGUGAAACAUUUGUUAACAUUGAAUCAAAGGACCACAGGUUACAGAAAGUUAAAGUGAUCUUGCUGCUUCCUCGGUGUUCAGGAGUGGGUGUUAGUAAUCCAGUAGAGUUUAUUUUAAAUGAAUAUGAAGAUACAGAUUUACUUAAAGAUCUGUCCCAAGGAGGGACAUCAGAAGAUAAACUUCGGGUUCUUGCUCAACAGCAAUAUGAACAGCUAACACAUGCAAUGAAAUUUACCAAAGUGCAAGCAGUUGUUUACUGCACAUGCUCAGUUUAUCCAGAAGAAAAUGAAGUGGUUGUUAAGAAAGCCCUGGAAUUUCAAGAUCAUGGGGUUAAAGUGCAACCUUACAGGCUCAGUCCUCCUGUUCUCCCCCUGUGCUCCUUGAAGGAAAUCCAUUUGUCUACUGAUAAGUUUUUCAGAAUGGAACCAUCUGAGAUCAACAAUAGUUGUUUUCUUUCUAUUUUAACAAGAGAGCGGGACCCAUCUGAGGCCGUGUCUGUGAAAGAUGUUUUGGCCCGGGCUGCAGCAAAGGGUCUGCUUGAGGGGAUUGAGUUAGGAAAAUCAUCAAAACGGGAGAAAAAAAAGAAGAAAUCCAAGACAUCAUUGCCCAAAGCUCCUGGUAAUGAUAAUUACGGCAUCCAAAUGAAGAUAGCGGAGUUCCUGACUCGAGAAAGUAAAGCAAGCACCAAUCAAUCAGAGACAUUAACGACAAAAGCACCUCUUCCACAGAAAAGUGUGACUCAAGUGGGUUCUAAUACCCAGGUCAGAAAACCCAGCAAGCCUGCCGCCAAUCCUUUAACGCCCACCUUGGUGAAGAACUCCUGUCCUUCCAGGCCGUGGGAGCGGCAGACACAGUUCCGGAGACCUCGACCGGAAGGCAAAAUGGUUGCUCUGAAACCCGUGGAGAUCGUUUUGCCUACAGUGAUGUUUCCAUUUUCAGGUCCCCAAGGGGUCCGAUCUCAGAUGCCAGCUCCACAUUUCUUCUGUCGUUGGAUUGGACCCAAGACUAGUGCACCCAGCUGCCUUCCCACCCCAUCAAUAUCCAUAAGAGGGGAGAAGCUGAAGGAAAACUCCCCUUCCUCCCUACUCCGGCAUCCCCGGCCAUGGCUCUGACCGCCCUUGCUUCUCACGUGCCUAGGAACAGGCGAUUUCCUCCAGUCUGGUGUUCUGCAAGGUUAGAUGUAGCCAAGCAAGAUGCUCAGCCCUUCAUCAUCUAGUAUCUUCUAAAUGGGUAUUACCUCCUGAGAAGUCAGACAGGGGAGAAACAGUGCUGUAGGUCACUAAAAGAGCAGAAUUCAGCUCCCAGCAGCUCAGCCCUGAUCUGUUUUAGAGCUGGAGAUGCCCAGUGAACUGUUAGCUCUGCCCUGCUCCUGCCUCCAUCUGGGUUACAGCUGCCCCAAGUCUCUAGAAGGGAAGCAGUUGCUUUGCAUCCUUACAGAAGGCAGCAGCGGAUGCCAGGCACAGGCCUGUCCCUCCAGCUGCCGGCCAUUCCUCAGUAACCAGGGAGCUCAGCUGUACUUGGAACUUUUAAAAUCAACAUCAAGGUUAAUUUUUUCCUUCAGUAUCAAACUAUUCCUGAAAUGGCAUAACAUAAGUGUUUGUAAUGGUACUGAGCUUGAGUAAGAAGCAUAGAAGUGUAAGCUGUUUCUUGUGGGAAGAGAUUCCAGCGUCAGUAGACUGAGCACGUCCCUCCUGCCCUCCUGCCUGUUUAUGCCAAACCCUGUUCUGAAAAAUGGCUGUGAGCAAAUUUUCCACCGAAAUAUUCCUUUCAGAGAAAGGGGUGAAACUCUUGGACACAAGUGAUACAUGUUGAGAAACCCAUAAAGAUUUCUGAUCCUACUCAAAGAUCAGGUGAUAAAGCAAAAUGUAUGAGCCAUUGCAAA